AGUACGGCAGCCAUAUUGACUAUGUACUCCCAACCCAAUACCCAAGGAUGUUUGUGCGUGCCUGGCACCACUGCUGUUACAUCGCGGUCGUUGUCGUCGUCGUCGUCAACGUCGUCGUUUUCGUUGUUAUUUCUAUUAUCGUCGUCAACGUUAUUCCUAUCGUUGAAUAAUUUCGUUGACGUGCAAAGAUAUCUAUCGAACGAUUCACAACAUAGAAACAACAUUCUAACAAAAUCGAAAAUUUCUAUCUGCGAGAUGUCAAAUCAAAUAUGUCUAAAAUGGAACAGUUUUCUAAACAAUAUCGCCACGAGUUUCGAAAGUCUUUGGGAGGAAGAAGGUUUAGUAGAUGUGACAUUGGCAAGUGAUGGACAGUGUCUUACAGCUCAUAAAGUGAUUCUCUCAGCAAGUAGUCCUUUUUUCAAAAAAGUUUUUCAGACAAAUCCCUGUCAACAUCCAGUUAUAAUACUUCAAGAUGUACACUUCAGUGAACUAGAAGCUUUGCUUAUAUUUAUAUACAAAGGAGAAGUAAAUAUUGAACAAAAAAAUUUGCCAGCACUUUUAAAAGCUGCAGAAACAUUACAAAUCCGUGGUCUUUCGGGAGGAGAUAUAUUUGCUAAAGAAUCUUAUAAAAGAUUAGUAGAAUUGGAACAGGCAGUAGAAGAAGGAACAGGUAGUAAAGAAGAAAAUCCAAAGAAAAAACAAAAAUUGAACAAACAUCAAAAUUCUAUAUUAGAAACAGCACUGACACCUAAAGUAUCUCAAGUAGAAAGCACAGAUGAGUCUACAACUAGUGAACAAGGUGGUAAAGAAGGAGAUUAUUUAUUACAAAAAAAUAUACAAAAUCCAAUCUAUCAACGUUUAGAAAUGAAGAUAGAACCAUUAGAAACUGUGUUAGAAGAUUCUCAAAAACAAUCUUCAACGGACAAAGAUCCAGCAGAAAGAUUAGAUACUGGACAACUUGAAGGAAAUCAAGGAUCAUCGAGGCCGAAUGUAACCGUAAUCGCCGAUGCACGAGAGGCCUCGACCCCUUCGCCCGAGCCGGAAACACAUGCGAGAUUUCCAAUUGGCCUUGAUCGAACACCACCUUGGAAUACAUAUCGACACAACGACGAGCUUUACUCGCCGAAUCAUUCGAAUUCGGAAUCGAUGCCCGAUCAACAGGAAUCCAUGAACAUACUCGUGGAACGGAAUGCGAGAGUUCUGCGUUCUGUCUUUCCCACUUGUCCGGGGGCAGCUAACAAUUCGGAAUUCUCGGAGGAGACGGUGAAGGGUGCCACGGCGUAUCCACCAUUUCCGUGUCCGUUUUGCGACAGGGCGUACACAAGUUGGGGUUUUCGACGAAGGCACAUCAAAGCCGUCCACACGAUUUCACCAUCUCUAAACUGUAAAUGGUGCUUACAGGUUCUUCCUACGCAUGCGGCUUGGAGAAGUCACGUAAUAUUAGCGCACAAUCUGUCCGCAAGCGACGCGCAUAAUGGUCUCCUGAUUUUGGAGGAGGCUCACAUGGUUUUACAAAUUGCACGCCCUACCAGGUUGGACACUUUAGUUAAUAUAAUUAAACAGAAUUCUCAACAGAACAACAAUCAAGAUAAUUCACAAUCGGAGAAAAAUUGAAUUGUUGUCGUUGUUGAUUAUGAUACAGCGGGUUCGUAAUCGAAAUUUUGUUGUCGAUGGAGACAAGGAAAAUUAGGAAAAAUUUAUAUGUUCUUUCUCAAUUAGAAUUUAUUCUCAUUUUCAGAGAAUCGAUGAACGAAUAAAAUAUUUUUAUACGAAUAAUCGUCUUGAUCGGCGAUAAUUGUUUUUUCUUUUAUAAUAUUAUUUUUUAUAUAUGUAUAUUCUGAUUGUAUAUAUCGCUUUUAUAUAGUCAGUUAUUUGAUGGCCAGUAUCACGCUUCUUAGCGUAAUGUAUUUUUAUUGCUGUAUCCAUUUGGAUUUUUGUAAAAAGAAAUAAAUAGAUGUUUAACAUA